CCUGUCUUUGUCUCACCGUCUGAGGUAAGUCCCUCCCCGGAAAAUUUAUUGUCUAAAGUCCUCGUGUUUGAAAAACGUAUGGAGCAGAUCCUCGCCGGAGGGCGGAGCUCCGGCGAGUGUCUCAAUGGCAUGCUGACUGGAUUAAUGAGCAUGACGUGGAAUUAAAAAAAAAUUAAAAAUUAAAAAAAAUUACAACUCAGAUUAUUAAACCUAAUUUACAUAUUCCUAAUUAAAACCCUGACUUAAUUAAUCAAAACAAAUUUCCCCCCCAAACUUAACCCAAUUCACAUCAAUUAAACCCAAACCCAAAAUCCCCAAUCCCCUAUCCAGAACUUAACCUAAACCCCGUUCUUCCUCUACCAUCGACUUCUCCGCCUCUCUAUCUGUUCUUCUUCGUCUUCUUCCCCCUUUGCUAGUUCUUCGUAUGAUUUUGGCUUGUUUUCUUCCUCGCAAACGCAUCCCUGCAACCCAACCCUGUGAUUCGUAGCAUCUUGUAUCCUUUCCUAACAUGAAUGGUUCUUCUGCUUUGAAUGGUUCUACUGCCUCCUCCUCUCGUUCCAGGCAAAGGCAUAGGUCUGUAGGGGCUAGGGCAAAAUGUCAAUGUGGUCUUCCUCUCAUGCUUUACACUGCUGGUACUCAAGAGAACCCAGAGAGGAGAUUUCUGAGAUGCAGAAAUUGGCAUUUACCAGGCACAUGUGAUUUCUUUUUUUGGAUUGAUGAACCUGUUCAAGAAAGAGAACCCAGACAUGUAGAGGCAGAAAUUGAUAAUUCUGAGAUUGGCGAAUCAUCUAACUCAAUGCUUCCUGGAGCUGAUUUGAAGAAGAAGAUUAAGAAGUUGAAGAAGAAGCUUGAAAUUGAGACUUUUCACAAGAAAGUUGCAUGUUUGAUUGCUCUAAUUUCUUGGAUAGUCACAUUUUGGUUUUUCUGUAGGGAUGAAAAGAGUUUGAAGGGAUGAAUGGUUUGAAGUGUAUUCUGUUUUGGGUAGUUGUUUUGUGUUAGUGAAUUAAAAGCUUGGAUGUAGCUUUGAUGAAAGGUUGUUUGUAUUUCUGGGCUUGAAUUGAAUAUGUGGCCAUCAUUUCUAUCUUGGGUUGAUGUACCAUGUAUGGAAGUUAAUGAAAUGGCAGACCAUGUUGUUGUGUCUCAUUUAUG